CUGGGCGCCGCUGUAAACGCGAAGUAGAAGCUCUCGAUUGGGCAGUAUUUAGCUUUUGGUAAAGCGAGUUAACCAAUCAGAGUAUGUACAUCCUCCCAGAGAUCCCGCCCCUUCCUCAAGGUAUCAUUUGGUGGCGGGAAAAGUUCGCAAGUUUUCGCGCCGGGGCGGGGUCACCCAAGAAGGUCCGCGCGACUUUGGAGGAGGUAGCUGCAAGUUGACAAGCAUGGCGGGGACCGUGGUACUGGAUGAUGUGGAGCUACGGGAGGCGCAGAGAGAUUACCUGGACUUCUUGGAUGACGAGGAAGACCAGGGAAUUUAUCAGAGCAAAGUUCGGGAGCUGAUCAGUGACAACCAGUACCGGCUGAUUGUUAAUGUGAAUGACCUACGCAGGAAAAAUGAGAAUAGGGCUAAUCGCCUCCUGAACAAUGCCUUUGAGGAGCUGGUUGCCUUCCAGCGGGCCUUAAAGGAUUUUGUGGCCUCCAUUGAUGCCACCUAUGCCAAGCAGUAUGAGGAGUUCUACAUAGGACUGGAGGGCAGCUUUGGCUCCAAGCACGUCUCUCCCCGGACUCUGACCUCCUGCUUCCUCAGCUGUGUAGUCUGUGUGGAGGGCAUUGUCACUAAGUGCUCUCUCGUUCGACCCAAAGUUGUCCGCAGUGUCCACUACUGUCCUGCUACCAAGAAGACCAUAGAGCGACGUUAUUCUGAUCUCACCACCCUGGUGGCCUUUCCCUCCACCUCUGUCUACCCCACCAAGGAUGAGGAGAACAAUCCCCUUGAGACAGAAUACGGCCUUUCUGUCUACAAGGACCACCAGACCAUCACCAUCCAGGAGAUGCCGGAGAAGGCCCCCGCUGGCCAGCUUCCCCGCUCAGUAGAUGUCAUUCUGGAUGAUGACUUGGUGGAUAAGGUGAAGCCUGGUGACCGAGUCCAGGUGGUGGGGACCUACCGUUGCCUUCCUGGAAAGAAGGGAGGCUACACCUCUGGGAACUUCAGGACGAUUCUGAUCGCCUGCAAUGUGAAGCAGAUGAGCAAGGACAUUCAGCCUUCAUUCUCUGCUGAGGACAUAGCCAAGAUCAAGAAGUUCAGUAAAACCCGAUCCAAGGAUAUCUUUGACCAGCUGGCCAGGUCAUUGGCCCCUAGCAUCUAUGGGCAUGACUAUGUGAAGAAGGCAAUCCUCUGCUUGCUCUUGGGAGGGGUGGAACGAGACCUAGAAAACGGCAGUCACAUCCGUGGGGACAUCAACAUUCUCCUAAUAGGAGACCCAUCGGUUGCUAAGUCUCAGCUUCUGCGGUAUGUGCUUUGCACUGCCCCCCGGGCCAUCCCUACCACCGGCCGGGGCUCCUCUGGAGUGGGUCUGACGGCCGCUGUCACCACAGACCAGGAAACAGGGGAACGCCGUCUGGAAGCGGGGGCCAUGGUCCUGGCGGACCGAGGCGUGGUCUGCAUCGAUGAGUUUGACAAGAUGUCUGACAUGGACCGCACCGCCAUCCAUGAAGUGAUGGAGCAGGGUCGAGUCACCAUCGCCAAGGCUGGCAUCCACGCGCGACUGAAUGCCCGCUGCAGUGUUCUGGCAGCAGCCAACCCCGUCUAUGGCAGGUAUGAUCAGUACAAGACCCCUAUGGAGAACAUCGGGCUGCAGGACUCGCUGCUAUCCCGAUUUGACUUACUCUUCAUCAUGCUGGACCAGAUGGACCCUGAGCAGGAUCGGGAGGUCUCGGACCACGUCCUCAGGAUGCACCGUUACCGGGCACCAGGGGAGCAGGAUGGCGAUGCUAUGCCUUUGGGCAGUGCGGUGGAUAUCCUGGCCACAGAUGAUCCCAACUUUAAUCAGGAAGACCAGCAAGACACCCAGAUUUAUGAGAAGCAUGACAACCUUCUGCAUGGGAACAGGAAGAAAAAGGAGAAGAUGGUGAAUGCAGCUUUCAUGAAGAAGUACAUCCACGUGGCCAAAAUCAUCAAGCCCAUCCUAACACAGGAGUCGGCUGCCCACAUUGCAGAGGAGUACUCACGCCUGCGCAGCCAGGACAGCAUGAGCUCUGACACAGCCAGGACGUCUCCAGUUACAGCGCGGACACUGGAAACCCUGAUCCGAUUGGCCACGGCCCACGCCAAGGCCCGCAUGAGCAAGACUGUGGACCUGCAGGAUGCAGAGGAAGCCGUGGAGUUGGUCCAGUACGCUUACUUCAAAAAGGUUCUGGAGAAGGAGAAGAAACGUAAGAAGCAAGAUGAUGAUGAAUCAGAGAUAGAAGAUGAAGAAGAGAAAAGCCAGGAAGACCAAGGACAGAAGCGGAAGAGGAGGAAGACUCGUCAUCACUCAGAUGCCAGGGAUGGGGACUCAUAUGACCCCUACGACUUCAGUGACACAGAGAAGGAAAUGCCUCAAGUGCAAACUCCAAAGUCAGCGGACACACAGGAGGCCGUGGAAUCCCAGCAGGUGGAGCUGAGUGAAUCCAGGUUGAAGGCAUUCAAGGUGGCCCUCUUGGAGGUGUUCCGGGAAGCUCAUGCCCAGUCGGUGGGCAUGAAUCGUCUCACAGAAUCCAUCAACCGGGACAAAGAAGAGCCAUUCUCCUCAGAGGAGAUCCAGGCAGCGCUGAGCAAGAUGCAGGACGACAACCAGGUUAUGGUGUCGGAGGGCAUCAUCUUCCUCAUCUGAGGAGGCCUCGUGUCUAAACUUUGGGGAUCUGCCAAGAAAGUCCCCACCCUAACUCCCAGUUUGGUCUUUGCCUUUCUUCCUGUGAAUAAGUGUUUAAUUGAAUUGAAGCCAAGGGGCAUGUGCUGAAGCUGAAUCAGGACUUGCUGGAAGCUUUGGGAAUGAAAGCUGCCAUGAGGUAGAGAGUGAAGUGGGAAAGGGCCAAGACUGUUGCCUCUUGUUGCAAAAGACUGGAUCCCCAAAUGGAAGACUUCUGAGUAUAUUGGGGCUCAUCUGGUUUUUGUUCAUCCUUUCAGUGUUGGUUGGCUUUUAUUUUCUCCCAAGCACUUUGGUCUAGAGCAGGCUUUAAGGUCUUUACACUGGUGGAGAGAAGUUCUGGAAGCAAGUCAUGGAGGCCAAGAAAGCUUUCUUUGCACAAACACCAGUCAAGACCAAUAUGAUAAACCUUUGGCCUAAAUACUCAAGACUUUGGAUAUACUUACCCAUUCUUAUUCUAUGCAUAUGGCCUUUGUACUGUGUGCUGUUACAGACACAUUUAAUUUUUUCUUAAAAGCUCUGCCCUACAAGAUUUACUGCUCCUGUAUUUGCAUGAGUCCACCACAAGGUGGCAGCAGGCUACCGUGCACUCUGCAAGUUAGGUCUUAUAGUCAGUUUUCUUCCUCAGUGACACCAGCAUUUAUCAGUCCAAGUUGUAAGCACCAGACCCUGCUGAUUUAAAAUAGCUAAAUAGCCACAGGAGGCCAAUGUGUGGAAGUCUAGGAGGAGAAUGAUUCUCUGCUGGCUUCCCGAGCCCAGGUGAAAUCCCCUUCAUGAGAAACAAUACCUGAUAUAUCUGAUAUCUCAAAAUCAUGUGAGUUUUGCCCAUAAAGAAAUAACAGGAUUUUUGUGAAACCACAUAUACCUGUGUGUACAGCUUUUGGGGUUUGUUAGUCUGUACAGAUGUUUGUAGAUGGGCCAGGGCAAUAUUUCUACUGUUGUAUGGUUUGAAUACCUUCUGAAAAACAUUUAAAGUUACUUAAAAUUUUUUUAAAUGGUGUGAUUUUAUGGGGGCCUUGGUCACAUGCACUGGAAGCUGCUUGGAAGAGAAGAGGCUUGGCUGGUUCUCUGCUGUCAGACUGACGUGGUGCUUCUUUAUGUUCAGAGGGGCCCCUCCCCCUGAAGCUGUGAAGCAGAAGAUUUUCUUUUUCCUUUGGUUUUUCGUGGCAUAAGGUUUUUGGAGGGAAGACAACCUUGUUGGGGAGGUCCAUUUAAUCAUCUUUGUGGUUUAUUCACAGUUACGAAGUCUGGGUCCUAGUGGGAGUGAUCUAGAGAGCACAGUUCCAAAGGGGGGAGGGCGGUGGUCCCAGAGGGAGACUGAUGUCGGGACCGGCAGCGGGUGUGAUGUACUGGAGGCGACAGUAGGUGCAGAGGUGGGCUUUCCUGCUCUUGAGGCCUGCAGGCUGGGGACAUGUAUGCCUAAUGUGUCAGCAUGUGCAGGGGUGCGCAGAGUAGGUUUACGGUUUAUGUGGAAACUAAUAGAAAAAUAAAUAAGAACAAACUUUCACUUAAACCCACUUUUGCCCAUCCCUGUAUACCGAAUGAGGACACAAAGUAAAGAGCUAUGGGAAUCAAGGGGUCAGUAGAGAAUCGGGGGGAGGGUGGAACCUACUGACGGGGCACUGGUGUAGAGAAAAGCUAGGGGUUUUCAGGGGUCUUCUCAAGUCAUAUGUUUCGAAAAGGCCAAACACUUUGUCAAUAGGACUCUUACUCUCUACCCUUCGCUCCUGAGGAAACUGAGGCACAGAGAGGGAGAGUGACCAGGAGCACCCAGCGUUUUGGUAGUGCCUGUAAUGCCAACUGUACCGUGCUGACUGCUCAGCUCUGCAAGCAAAUGAACAGAAGAUAGAAGGCUGUCGAGGCAGCCACGAUGGACGUUGUAGUAAAAUAACGUACUGUUAGGGACUCAAUCUCUACAGUGAGUUUUUAAAAAUUUGUGUGUAUAAUUUUCCAACUUAGGAAAAAAUAAAAGAAGUCAGUAAGCA